CGAGAGGGAGAGAGAGAGAGAAAUGGAAGCAGUGGCGGAGGGACUCUGGGGGCUGGCGGAUUACCACGAGAACACAGGGGAGAUAGGAAAGGCGGUGAAGUGCCUGGAAGCCAUAUGUCAGAGCCACGUUUCAUUCUUCCCCAUCGUGGAGGUGAAGACUCGGCUUCGCAUCGCCACACUCCUCCUGAAGCACUCCCACAACGUGACUCACGCCAAAUCCCACCUGGAGCGUUCGCAACUGCUCUUGAAGUCUAUUCCAUCCUGCUUCGACUUGAAGUGCCGAGCCUAUAGCUUACUCAGCCAGUGUUACCAUCUCGUCGGGGCUAUUCCUCCUCAGAAACACAUCCUCAACAAGGCUCUUGACCUUACGGCUUCUGCUGCCGCCGCCAAUCAUGAUCAGGUUUCAGUGAAGCUGUGGUCCUGUAACUUUAGUGCCCAGCUUGCAAAUGCCUUGAUUAUUGAAGGAGACUACCAGAGUUCAAUAGCUGCCUUAGAGUGCGGUUAUGUCUGUGCAACCCAAAUUUCUUAUCCCGAGUUACAGAUGUUCUUUGCAACUUCCGUCCUGCAUGUGCACCUCAUGCAAUGGGACGAUGAGAAUUUGGUUGAGCAAGCCGUUAAUAGAUGUGAUCACGUCUGGGAAUCAAUUGACCCCAAUAAAAUACAACAAUGCCUUGGUUUACUCUUCUACAAUGAGCUGCUGCACAUAUUCUACCGAUUUCGUAUAUGUGACUACAAGAAUGUUCAACAACAUGUGGACAAAUUGGAUGCUGCUAUGAAGGCUGAUUUGCAGCAAACACGGCAUAUACAGGAGCUGUCAGAGGAACUAAAUGCCUUAAACCAAAGUCUCUCCCGCUCUGACCUACACUACAGGGAUAGGUCAGCUUUGUCUGAAAAGCAAGUACGCCUUCAAGCGCGGCUUAAAAGUAUGACCAGAUUGAGCUCAACUGGCAAACAUUAUCUGGAGCCGGCACAUUUUGGAAAUAUGAGAGGGAAGUGGGAAGAUAAGCUUGAGCUGGCACCGCCUCCUAUAGAUGGGGAGUGGCUACCAAAAAGUGCUGUCUAUGUGCUAGUUGAUCUUAUGGUGGUCAUUUUUGGACGUCCAAAGGGACUUUUUAAGGAGUGUGGAAAGAGGAUACAAUCUGGAAUGCAUACCAUUCAAGAGGAGCUGGUGAAGCUUGGAAUAACUGAAAGUGUGAGAGAAGUGGAUUUGCAACACUCUGCCAUUUGGAUGGCUGGUGUGUACUUAAUGCUGCUAAUGCAGUUCCUUGAAAAUAAAGUGGCUAUUGAACUUACACGGUCUGAAUUUGUUGAAGCACAAGAGGCUUUGGUGCAGAUGAAAAAUUGGUACAUACGCUUUCCAACAAUCUUACAAGCUUGUGAAAGCAUUAUUCAGAUGCUUAGGGGGCAAUAUGCUCAUUAUGUAGGCUGUUAUAGCGAAGCAGCUUAUCAUUAUUUUGAAGCAGCAAAGCUCACAGAGAGCAAAUCAAUGCAAGCUAUGUGCCAAGUAUAUGCAGCUGUCUCUUACAUCUGCAUUGGUGAUGCUGAAUCAUAUUCACAGGCACUUGAUUUGAUAGGACCAGUUUACAGAAUGAUGGAUUCUUUUGUUGGAGUUCGAGAGAAAACUGGUGUGCUUUUUGCUUAUGGCCUUUUAUUGAUGAAACAGCAUGAUCUACAGGAAUCAAGAAAUCGACUGGCCAAAGGACUGCAGUUGACUCAUAAUCAUUUGGGGAAUCUUCAACUUGUAUCUCAGUAUUUGACAAUCCUUGGGAGUUUGGCGCUUGUCCUGCAUGACACUGUACAGUCUAGAGAUAUCUUGAGAUCAUCUCUAACAUUGGCAAAGAAGCUUUAUGAUAUCCCAACCCAGAUCUGGGUGCUUUCUGUUUUGACAGCCUUGUAUCGAGAAUUAGAUGAGAGGGGAAAUGAAAUGGAAAAUGCUGAAUAUCAAAGGAAAAAGGUAGAUGAUCUGCAAAGGAGACUUGCUGAUGCACAUUCAUCCAUUCAUCACAUUGAACUAAUUGACAGAGUAAGACUUGAAGUUCAGCAGUUUCAAGAACUUGACAUCAAACAUACAACCGGCCCUUCCAUGAGAGUCAAUCUUGACAUCCCAGAGUCUAUCGGUCUGUCUACCCCUUUACCUGCUCCAUCAUCAUCAAGGCUAGUGGAUUUAGACACUGGAAGACGUGGGAAGAGGAAAAUCUAGUAAAGGUGAUAUAUAUAUAUAUAUAUUUUUUUUCAAAUGUUAGUGUUUUAGUUUUAAUUUUAUUUUUCAAAGGAAAAAGAACGACUAGUAGAUUAGAUUAAAGGAGGUGCACAUGAGCACUCCCACCUCUAGAUUGUAAAGUAGACAGGUGCAGCACGAUGCAACAUCCUUUACACUAUUUGGGAGGAUGAUGUACAGUUAUUAGAUAUAAUGAUGUUUGCUAAUUUUACCA